AUGGCUGACUGUUGCGUUCAAGAAACCUAAGAUUUUACUGCUCAAUAUAAUGCUCAAGCUUAAUAACAUUAGGCACAAUCUUACAUCACUAUUCCUUAAUGUCCUCCUAUUUUAUAUAGCAGUUUUAUUGAACAAUCCUCUUAGACUUACCUUAAUUUAUGCUUAUUUCAAGACUAAGUUGUUAUUGCAUAGGAUAGACUUGCAAAAAGCACAUUGAUUUUCGAUGGUCUUGUAAAGUUUGCUAUAUUUUCUGAAUAAAAUGGAUAAUACGUCAACUCAAAGAUAAUAUUCAGCAAAAAUGAAUUGUCAACUACUUUCCUAUUCUUAAAUUCAGCUGAAGCAUAACUCUGGUACAUGAAACUCUUAGAGCUCGGUAUUCCCCAAUUAGUACAAGUAGGAUAUCCCACCUCUGAAUAAUAACGUUAAUUCAGCGAGUAACAAGCAGUAAACUAAAUACUUGCUGAAGAAUAGGAAAAGAUCAAAACUCACUCUAAGAAACCCUCAAUUUUCAAGUAUGAAAGCCUUGACAUUCCCUACUAAGGUUUCUACAACUAAUUCAAUUAAACUAAUUAAACUGUCAACAGAAGAUUUAACAAAACCAGCAGCUAAGUCCAAGGCUUUCUCUACAAAUUGAUCUUAACCAAAAACAUCAGAAACGUUCCCAAGUAAGAUGCUAUUGUCUUAGAACAAGUACUCCUUUGA